AUGGCUCCAACAAAGUUGAACGCCGCUAUCAUAGUUGUCUCAACAACAGCGUCAAAAGAUCCUUCCUCCGAUGCAUCCGGCGACCUGCUCACUGAGUCCUUUAUUGCUAAUUCAAGUGCAGAAUCAACUACUUGGAAAGUCGUGGCACGAAGGAUAGUUUCCGAUGAUCGCGAAGAGAUACAGGGAGCCCUAAAAACCCUUUUGGAGGGUCCGACUAAAUUGAACCUUAUUGUGACGACCGGUGGGACAGGUUUUGCCAUCGCAGAUAUUACGCCCGAGGUAAGGGAUCCAAUCUCUCCCUUUCUCCAGAUACCGGUACUGAUAAAUUGGAUAGGCAUCUCCAUGAUGUCCCGACCUGUCGCUGGCGUUAGCGGAAGCACUAUAAUCGUUACGCUCCCCGGUUCACCAAAAGGCGCCACAGAAAAUCUCGGAGCUCUCAUAAAGUUACUCCCGCACGCCUGUAUCCAAGCCGCUGGGAUCCAAAGUUCCCGCAAACUUCAUUCCGGCGGUGUUGAGUCUCUCGAAAAGCAAACCGGUGUUUAUAACCACAGCCACAGCCAUGGCCAUGGCCAUGCUACCCCUAGAGCUCAUACCAGCGCUGAGUCGAGGGCCAACAGGCUUGGCGAUGCUGUCACAAGAGGGCAUAGAGAAAGCCCAUAUCCAAUGGUUACAGUAAAAGAAGCGACUGACAUUAUUGCCCGGGAGACGCAAUUAAAGGGGAUCGUUGAGGUUCAAGUCAACGAGGACCUAGUGGGCUAUGUACUGGCCGAAGAUGUUACAGCUGUGGAGAGCGUGCCUGCGUAUAGGGCAAGCAUUGUGGAUGGGUACGCCGUAGUGCAUUCGGACGGGAAAGGAACUUAUCCCGUUGUGUCUGUAUCUCAUGCUGCCCCUGGUUCAAUUCCUCCUUUGGCCUCUGGCCAGGUCGCUCGAGUUACCACAGGAGCACCCUUGCCGCCCUGCGCGACCGCAGUUGCCAUGGUUGAAGAUACAGUCCUGAAAUCUAUGACCGAAGACGAGAAAGAGGAGGCAGAAGUGGAAAUUCUGGCAGACAGAAUGGAGGACGGGGAAAACGUUCGCGAGGUCGGUAGUGAUGUUAUGAAAGGAGAUGUUGUAUUGAAAAAGGGGGAUAUCAUAUCUGCGAUCGGCGGAGAGGUUGGAUUGCUGGCUUCUGUUGGUAGAGCUUCGGUCAAGGUAUACGAUAAAGUCACUGUUGGCGUAUUGAGCACCGGGGAUGAAGUCGUUCACCAUUGCCGGGAAGGAGAACUGCAACUUGGAGAAAUACGGGACAGUAACCGCCCAGCUCUUUUAAGUGCAAUCAAAGCUCAAGGAUUCUCAACAGUUGACCUAGGAAUCACAGGAGACAAGACAGGAGCACUACAAUCAACGCUGAUAGAAGCUCUACAGAGCGUGGAUGUGAUCGUCACGACAGGAGGUGUAUCAAUGGGAGAGUUAGAUCUUCUAAAACCCACAAUCGAGCAAUCCCUCGACGGUACCAUCCACUUCGGAAGGGUAGCAAUGAAACCGGGGAAGCCAACUACAUUUGCUACGGUUGAAUCGCCUAAGAAGAAGCUCAUAUUUGCAUUACCUGGGAACCCAGCCUCUGCUCUUGUCACUUUGCACUUGUUUGUCUUACCUUCGCUCAGGAAAUCUCAAGGAUACGAACAUUACGACUUCCCCCAGGUCAGAGUUACAGUCGACGAGGAUAUGGGACUUGACCCUCGUCCAGAGUUCCGAAGGGCAUUCGUUAGAUUUGACAUGGUAGACGGGAGACUCCAUGCUAGUGGGACCGGUGGACAAAGGAGCAGUCGUAUCGGUAGUGCCCAUGGAGCGAAUGCGGUUCUGGUAAUGCCGGCGCUGAGGGAAGUUAGUGAGAAAAGGAGGGAGUUGGGGUGCAUUCCAAAAGGAGAGACUGUUGACGCAAUUUUAUGGGGACAAAUUGGCUGCGCUUAG